CACACGCCGACGGUGACAAAACGGCCGCUCUCCCCUCGGCUCGCCCAACGACUCCCGACCCCAACCACUGACUGCGCGACCCCGUCGCGCCGCACUUCACCAGCUCACUCUUCCGGUCUCCCCCCUCCCUCUCGGCCUCCGUCUCCCGAUCCCCACGUCCUCCACCCAAUCGGCGCCGUCCGGCAUGGCAUACUCAGGGGGCAGCGGCGGGAAGCUGUCGGCCGUGGACGCUAUCCUCGCCGAGGCCGCCGAUCUGAUCGCGCUCGAGCAGAUCGCCAAGCUCAACACCGCCCACCUCACCGACGAUUCCGCACUCCCGUCCAGCCUCGAGUCCCGCUUCCGCAAGCUCAAGUCCCUCCCCGCCGCUGCACCGCCCGUCAAGACCCUCGGCCGCAGCGCCACCGCGCCGCACGCCAGUCUGCCCGACCCGCCGCAGCUGAACCCUGUACCUAAACAACCGCCUGCACCGACAGUCCAAGAAGAACAACAACCGGGAGACGCGGAGGCGGCCGAGAACAAGGGCAACUCCCCGCCGCAGCAGGUUCGUCAUCCGGCCACCGUCCCCACGGUUCAGGAUGACGACAAGGACCUGGAGCGGCAUUUCGGGCCAGGGGGACGCGGCCGGACGACGCUGCGGGAGCGGAACAGGGGGAGGGACGACGACGAUGGCUCUCCGUCGCCGCCACCGCGCCAGGCGUGCUGCUUUGGCUUCUCCCCCAAGAAGCCCCUGCAGAGGACGCCGACCAAGGGAAAGAAGAUCCACGGGGCAGGAGGGGGCGGCCUGGACGGCGACGUUCUCGGCAUCGACGCCGGCGAGUGGGGCGACGAGAACAGGAGUAUGGUCGCCGAGCUCAAGGAGCAGCAGCGCAAGCUCAAGAAGGCGCUCGAGGAGCAGGUGAAGGUCAGCAGGGAGACGGUGAAGAUGGCGCAGUGGGUCCAGCACGCGUCCGCGCGCAUGACACACACCGCUGCCAUUGACGAUUUGCUCAGUGACUGCGAAGACGAUGAAGAGCUUAAGUGAUGAAAAACCAUCGCUUUGCCUGCUACCAUAGCGUCUAUGUCAUCAGUGGUUUCACUGUCUUGAUCACAAUCUAGUUUUUUUUUUCUUGCUAUAUAAAGGAGUAUAUGACUUAGACUAAAGAGAAAACGAAAAUAUGCUUUCUUUUUUUUGUGUGUUUUAUUUAGAUGAAGAAAGAUGUAUGAAUUGAGUAUGUAAGGAGGCCAUGAGUAAUAUAGGUAGGAAGAACCUACUAUUGUCUGCUGUUAAAAGGUUUCAUGAUCUGUUCUUUCUUUUUUUCA